UCCGGAAAAAGACACUCUUUUUCUUGCUCACUGUAGCGGAUGGGUCAUCAUUAUCAUCCUCAUUGGAUCGCAGGUAAACUGCCUGCUAAAGGAAGACAGAAGAAGGAUUCUUAACGGAGAAAGGAUUCUGAAGGGGUCAUCUCAGUAUCAUCAUUAGUUCCCUGUUGUAUAAAGGCAGACGAUUAAGCAGCAGAGAGUCGCUGCAGGGCACGGAGAGCAGCAAAGAGCAACCGAGGGAGCCCCGAUUGUCAAGGGAGCUCUUCCUCGAUGCGUUGGCUAUGGAGAAAGGGGCACCCUUUGGACUGUGCGUGUUGUGGACCGCGCUGCUGUUGGAGCUCUGUCCCUGCGGCAUCCACGGGAACUGGAUGUGGCUGGGCAUUGCCUCCUUUGGUGUCUCGGAGAAACUGGGUUGUGCCAACCUGCCCUUGAAUGGCCACCAAAAGGACCUGUGCAAGAAGAAGCCCUACCUAUUGCCCAGCAUUCGCGAAGGAGCACGGCUGGGCAUUCAGGAGUGCCAGAAACAGUUCAGACAUGAGCGGUGGAACUGCCUCCUUUCACUGGAUACAUCUGCUUCGGUCGCCAACCCUUUGCCCAUCUCUGCAGCUCCUGCUUUCUCUGUCUUUGGCUAUGAGCUGAACAGUGGCACAAAAGAAACAGCCUUUAUCUAUGCAGUGACAGCAGCAGGCCUUGUGCAUUCAGUGACUCAUUCGUGCAGUGCAGGAAAUAUGACUGAAUGCUCCUGUGAUACCAGCCUGCAGCAUGGUGGAUCAGCCAGCGAAGGCUGGCACUGGGGUGGCUGUUCUGAUGACAUCCAGUAUGGAAUGUGGUUGAGCAGAAGGUUCUUAGAUGGUCCUACAAAAAACAUCACUGGAAAACAUGGAAAUGGAUUGAUAGCCAUGAAUUUACAUAAUAAUGAAGCUGGAAGACUGGCUGUAGCAAAACUGAUGUCAGUGGAUUGUCGUUGUCAUGGAGUAUCUGGCUCGUGUGCCCUGAAAACUUGCUGGAAAAUGAUGUCAUCGUUUGAUAAGAUUGGCAGUUUCUUAAAAGAGAAGUACGAAAACAGCAUCCAGAUUUCAGAUAGACUGAAAAAAAAGAUACGCAGGAAAGACAAAAGCCAGCGAAAGAUACCCAUCCAUAAAGAAGAUCUACUGUAUAUCAACCGGUCACCCAACUACUGUGUUGAGGAUCACAAAAUGGGAGUGUCUGGGACACAGGGAAGGGAAUGCAACCGGACUUCAGAUGGACCGGAUGGAUGCAACCUCCUUUGCUGUGGCCGUGGAUACAAUACUCACGUCGUCAGACAUGUGGAGAGAUGUGAGUGCAAGUUUGUUUGGUGUUGCUAUGUGCGUUGCAGAAGAUGUGAAAGCAUGACAGAUGUUCACACAUGCAAAUGAAAGCAUCUGCCCCAAAGAUCAAUGGGAAAACUUCUCACAAAAUAGCAAUCAUGGAGUCAUGCUAAGAAGAUAAGCUUGAAGAUGAAAAGCGAUUUCUUGAGAAUUGUCCGAAGUCCAAGUGUGUUUGGUGGUUACGGAAGGGGCAAUUUGGAAUAAGUAGCAGUUCUGCUCAAAAGUAGCCACAUGGCUCACCCAAAGAAUUUGUUGAACUGGAUAUCCUGUUUAAAUAAGUCAGUACAUAGUUGCUGUGAAUAGUCAGUAUUUUUGAUCGGUCAUGUCAAGGUGAACAAAAUGAUGUCUUAAAGACACCUAGAUGUCAGGGAAGCAAGAAGAGCUUUACUUUAGUAUUCAGAAGUUAAGGUGGUGCCCAAUGUGAUGUGCUGUUCCCAUGUAUGGAGGAAAGGCUGUUUUUUUGGGACCUGCAGAAAAAAUGGGACUAGCAAAGCACUAUCAAGGGCUGUAGAGCCACUGCUCAGCAAAAAAAGUGAAAUGCUCUGCAAUAUGUACAACACGCAGCAGCCAUGGGUAACCAAGCCGAGCCAAAGAGAGGACAAAUGGAUUUGGGCAUUGUGGUGGGUGUGGGGAGGACUGGAUCUGGGCAGAUCAUUGGUACUAGAGUACAUUCCUGUUAAAGCAAAUGGUGUGUACAGCAGUGACCUUUCACUUACCUCUACUCAAGCGUUCUUAAAAUCUUCAUUUAAGACAAGGGGAGUGAUGGAGCAGCCUUGGGGGACUGAGGGAUUAUGUAUUACUGUACUUCAUAUUCAAAGCACCCAUCACUGAAACCUGCUCCUCAUUUUCUCAAGUGCUAAUUUUUUUUUUUUAAGUAUGAUGCCCCACUCCUUGUAGGGCAAUGUUUCGUAUUAUUUAAAUAUGCUUUUGCUAAUCACACUGGUGAUUACAUACAGUGUACUAUGAAAAUUGUAAUGUCAGAGAAGACCUCUGAACUUGGAGCGGUUCCUAUAAUACAGGUCAACUCUCCCAGCGGGACACAAAUAUUGUGAUUCUUUCACUGUAUCUACCGAGCUGCCUGCUUAUCCUCUUCGAGCAGUAGAUUAAUAAUUUAAAAGAUCAUCAAC